AUGACAUCCCAGUGCCUCCAUCCGUGGGAACCAUGUCCUUCAUCCUUAGUCCCUCUCUCACCAUUGCUUCUCCCCUUCACUCAUCUCCCCACUCCCCACCUCAAGGCGCUAUGUGCGUCCGCGAAACAUGCGUGCGCCCCCUACUUCUACCUUUGUCCCCCGGAGGCUCCACCUCUCCCCUCUCACCACCACCCACAUCAUUAUUCCCUCUCUCUCUUUCACUCCCACCUUGCUCUCCCUUUCACUCCCACACUGCUCUCCCUUUCACUCUCACACUGCUCUCUCUUUCACUCCCACCUUGCUCUCCCUUUCACUCCCACACUGCUCUCCCUUUCACUCCCACACUGCUCUCCCUUUCACUCCCACACUGCUCUCACUUUCACUCCCACACUACUCUCCCUUUCACUCCCACACUGCUCUCCCUUUCACUCCCACACUGCUCUCCCUUUCACUCCCACACUGCUCUCCCUUUCACUCCCACACUGCUCCCUCCCAUCCUCCAGGCGCCCCCUCACCGCCCCCACAUCGUCGCUAGCAGUGGCAGGGCUGGUGUUCUCGUAUGGGGGUCUGCACGUAACUACUGCCGACUCUACAGGGGGGCUUCGAGUGCUUGAGGGUGCUGGAGCUUGCAUUGGGCCUCUACUCAUCCCACCGCCAUCCCAUCCUCCUCCCUCCUCCUCUGCCAUGUCAUCCAACUCUCAGAUGCGCAUGGGUGGUGCUGAGCUGGCGUCUCAAUACUGUCCAGGUGGCGGCCUCACGUGCUGCCAGCCUCUCGGCGACCAGUCUAUCCUCGCUGGCAGGUGA